AUGAAAUUAAAAGAUGGAAUUACUAAAAUAUCUCCAAGCAAAUUAUAAAUAAAUUACCAGAUCAAUAAUUAUUAAGACUAGGUCGAAUAACAUAUUAUCUAAGGAAUAUCUUAAUAAUUGAAAAUUAAAAAUUCAACUCCUAAAUUUAGAGUAUUUACAGAGUCUGAAAAAAUUGAUAAUAAUAAAGAUUAUUUCUUAAAUAUCUUAUAAUAUAAAUCAGGAAUAUAGAUUCUCAAAGGAUCUUUGUUAAUGAUUUACUAAGUAUUAUAAUUUGAAUUAAAUGUUACUUAAUAAAAAGAAUUAAUACAGAGGAUAGUAAUUGAUGAGAACAACUAUAUUAAAACGAAUAAUUAAAAAAAGGAUAGGUAAAUACAAUGA